AGUCUGAAAAAGUAGAGGAGCUUCAGAAGAAUGUUUCCAGAAGUGAGAAUGAAACACUACAAAAUGGGAUAGAUGGUUUGCACAGUAUAACACCAACACAAAAAGAAGUGCUCCCAACAACAACUAAAAUCACUUCUGUGACUGCAGUAAAACCAUCUCCAGCCAAAGAAGAUUCUCUGCUCAGUGUCCUCUCUCAUGCAGUGACUGUUAGUCCUGUAUCUCAGAUGGAUGUUGAUGCUUCUGAAGACACUAAAAUUGAGGAAGAGGAUCUUCUAACAGAUUUGAAAGAUACACUAAAUAGUUCACCGCCCAUAAUAAAAGAAACUCUGGAGUCUGAUGGAGAUGACUAUGGUCCUUAUGAAAUGACAUCAAAUGCGAGAUACAGUCCAGACCUCCUAGAUAUGCCAGAAGAUGAGGACUCUGACACCAUUACUAAUUAUAACGAGGAGAUUAAAUCCCGUGAAGAGAAGAUUAAAGAUGCUGCUGUUGCAGAUUUGGAAGAAGACAGCCACUUCUUUUUUCAUCUGGUUAUAGUUGCCUUCUUAGUAGCUGUUGUUUAUAUCACCUAUCACAACAAGAGGAAGGUAGGUACACAGCUAAAAGUUAUGGGAGAUUGCUUUAGUAUUUAA